AUGGGCAGGGGGGGGGGGUUCGCUGGUCCCCCCCUUCCCGUCGUUGUGCUUGGCAUUCCAGCCCACGGUAUGUCUCGACAAGCUUUACCUUAUGUUCACGCUAUCGGCCCACACUUCACCAGUCCCCGGCGGAGGCGUCCUGCAAAGAGGGACAAGGAGCGCGUUGUAUCUUCUGGUCGGCACCAGCGGGAGAAGGCCCUGCUCGCCGAUCUCGCCCAUCUAAGGGCUGCAGAGGAAUGCUCUGCAACCACGUCUCAGCUCGCGGAACCACAAGUGGAGGCGCAAGGUGAUGUAGGGGACUGGGUAGACGUUGACAUGCAGGACCGAGAUGGCGAGGGAGACAAUGUUGCGCAGCCGGUGCCUACAUCACCCAAGACUCUGCCAAAGCGGAUAUUACCGGACGACGAGAGCCGCAAGUUGUACCAGCGAUGGCUGGACCUUCUCCCUGGGUUGGUUCCAUCACUCAGGGUGUACCGGGAGGCUACGCAUUUCGAGAAUCGAGACAUUGUUUAUUGUUCGUGUACAUCCCUGCCCCAGGCGCUCGUCUCUAUAGGCCUCUUCCCGACAUCCCCUACUCAGCCGCGGAUGGCGGUUUCUGUGGAUCUCCUCGACUUUUACUUCUCUCUCUUUGAGCGGUCUGGGGAUGCCGUGACUGCCCUCGCAGCUGCGAUGCGUACGUUCUACGCGCAUUGGGGAUGGCACAUCCUGGACCAAAAGGGUGAUCCUGUCCGGGAUCCCUUCCGCCGUGCCCUAGGGUAUGCCAUUCAGUGGUAUGACACGCUGCAAGGCCGCGCGAAUCGGGAUGUUGAGCGUGUUGUGGAUGCAGCGAGGAGCCAUGUUCGCCAGCAUAUUCAAGGUCAAUCAUCCGAGGGAGACGGAGAUGAAGGGGAAUGCGCUAGCAUUCUGCAGCAGCGCUGUCCCGCUUGCUUUGGAGGGGUAAAGUUUGGCCGUUCGUUAUCGGAAGGCUGUGACAUUCAGAUUUGCGUUGAUGGCAAUUUCAGCCAGCGACAUCUCCGAAGUGCAGGCGAUAGCCCUGCAUUCUACAAACCUGAAUAUUUCCUUUCAAAGAUGCAGGUAGAUGACAUGGGCACCCACAUCGACGCACAGAGGAGGCGGCCGCCCAGCAAGACCUAUGUUGCAAAGGUUCCGGAUGAAGCUGUAGACAGCUGCGCGCAUGGGCACGAGGCCGCAGAUGAACACAAGACGAAAUCGAACGCAGAUAUCUUUGACGAUACUGGUGUUAUGGCGGCUGUAUGCCGCCAUGAUAUACCGCUCUUGCUGGCUAACAUCGACACAGCCGGCGAGCAGCAGAAGUAUGCCCUCGCGCUUGUGUAUCAUCUUUUCUCUUGGCUACCAGCGAAUGCAACCAUUCGUGUCCUGUAUGACAUAGGUUGUGUUGUCGACCGCAGUAUCAACUUGCAUAAGCUCCUCCCAGAACAGAUGGUGUCGCGUCUCCACUGGUCCACCUCAGUGAUGCACGCCUAUGGCCAUGAGUGGGCAUGUCGGCUUAUCUACAAUCCACGAAUGACAGAGGGACUCGGGUUGACGGAUGGUGAAGGUACUGAAAGAUUUUGGUCGAAGUCCCGAAAGCUCAUCCCGAUAACCCGGACCUCAGCGCAUUCCAGGCGCAUAUGGCUGGUGGAUCGGCAAGCAGCUGCCAUCGGCGAUGAGCUGCGAGAGGACCUAGGCGAUUACAUCAAGCGCCGUAUAGGCCGCGAAGCCGAAGAAGAGUUGGAGGCCUGUGGAGUGGCUCUUGAGGAGCUGCGCUUGCAAUGGGAGCUGCAGCGUGCCACGCAGUUGUCAAUCCGAGCCCAUGCCCCGGCGCGGCUCAAAAAGGAGGUCGAUGUGGUCCUGACGUUGCAAGCCGAGAUCGACAGUGUUGAAAAGGCUAUUGCCUCCGUGCAAGGCCAUCUUGUAAAGGCCGCCGCACCGCCAGCGUCCAUGCACGUUUUGCAGAAGCUCAAGGAUGCCCAUUGCAAGCUCGUGUCGCGCGCGGAGCAGCUCUACAUAUCCCUCAACAUUCAAGAAUCCUUUCCGCACCUUCAAGGUGUCAGUUACGACUUCAUCCGUACGAUCAUUUUUGCUCGUGAUUUGAAGAUCAACAUCCGCAAGCGUGCAGUCGCGAACUUCUUAGACUGGGACAGACUGGACCAGGCAGUUGGAGGCAAGGAUAAUCCACUCGGCGCGUUGUUUUCCAUUCCUGUCUACCUCGCUGUUCAUGCUGAAAAUACAAGGUUUAACAAGUAUUGCGAUGUUCUGGAGAGUCUUCACAAGCCCGAAUGGUGUAUCCCUGUUCCUUCAAAACUCUCUACAGAUCUAGGUGUACUGCGAGAGGAUCAAGCACUCUUCCAGGACGUUUGUCUGGAGCCUGGUUCAUCCGAUGUACUGACACCUCGGUGGCUUACUGAGAGUAAUGUGCGCCGAGGCAUCCGUGCGAUGCUCAAGAAGGCUCAAUGCCUGGAAGAAUGCCAACGCCUGGGUAUGGAGGCGGAUAAUAUGUGUCAAUGGUUCGGCAGGGAGCUUGCCGCGCUUGAGCUUGCAAUGCGGAGUGCCGAUGCAUUUCCAUAUCUGCCAGAGCUGCAGCAUCGCCUUGAACUUAUCCAAUUACUACGGCAACGAUGGGCGAACCCGCUGAUAUCCUCGACAGUCACUGACCACCAUUUGAAGGCCUCGGUCGAGCUUGCGGCGCGCCUCGCGGGCGCUCCGUCUGGGAUAGGGGUGAAGUGGAUGCCGCCGAAGGUUAUAUUGACUGAAUCCGAUCUGCAGGCUAUGGAGGUUACUGUUUUCGAAAAUGACUACAUACUGGCCAAAGAUGAUGAUGAGGAUGAUAGCAGAGAUGAUGGCGGAGACAACGAGAAUCAUAGUUACCCAUCGUCACCUGGUCUGGUGAUGCUCUGGGAACCCCUGCCCGCUGACCUGCAGCUGCUCAAUGCACCAGUGCCGAUCAAUGAUGAGUGCAUCAAUGGCUGUGCCGCGGUGCUCUUUUCGCAGUUUGCCCAGGGUGACUGCCGUCGGCGUUUGGCGGUAUUCUCUAGCUUCCAUCUACCCCUCAUAAGGGAUGGUGUGACGUCGGAUGUGCUCUGGCGACAUGUACGCCACUGUCAUUAUUGGGAGCGGGAGGUUUGGCUCAUCCCUAUCUUUCGUCCUGGGAUGAAUGGAGGUCUGGGCCACUGGACGCUUGCAAUUGUGCAUCUCCCAUUCCAGUGUAUCCUUCACUUUGACAGCUUCGCAGAUGAGGAGACCUGGCAUGAGGAUUCUGCGGUGGGUACCAUGUUUGAAGUUUGUGUGCUGCCGCUGACCACAUCUCAUGAUCCAGGAUGUCUUCAAGAUGAUAUGGCGUUACAGUAUGACCACACUCAGUUCAUGGCUACAGAAGCUGAUCACUUCCUAGCUCUCUCCGGUGCAGCAGAAUGGAUACAACUGCGGAAUCUGGACCUUGGCGUGCAUGACGGCUGUGUUUCAAGGCUUUGA